CUGUGUGUUCUUUCCGGUUCUUGCUUCAGUAAUAACAUCCGAAACAAAAUAAUAACCGGUUAUAUCUACUGUUACUUUUGUUGCUAACUUUAAUAUCUUACAUCUGCCACUGACGUUACUCUGGCAAAAUCUCGUAGAUGGCGACAUUAAGUCUUUAACACUUCAGCACAACUUCAAAUUUGUUUUUACGACCGAGCGCAGACGUCAAGAACGGAAAGACGGUUCUUGAAGGUUCGCUGGUGUUCAUAUUAAAGGUGCAGUAACGGGACAGCCUGCUAACGGUUCCUCUGCCUGCAUUCGUGCAUGUGAAACGCAUGACACAGCAUCAGUCUCCUGCAGGGGCAAGAUACACCCGAACACACCCCGCUGCAGUCUGCAGAGCAUCCGCACUCACGGCAGGCUUGGUGCUUUCCUAAAGCUGCUCAGUAUCUUCUGGAAAAACGCGACACAGCUCAGCAGCAGGAUGGCUCAUGAAGAAAAGAAUCCGCUGCCUCCAGCAGGGACGCUCUCUGAGGGACAGCGACAGUCCCUCUUUAAGAUGGAGCCCAAGACUCUAGGGGCCAUCCAGAUUGUUAUCGGGAUUUUGAUCCUUUGUCUGAGCGCGUCUGUGCUCCAGGUUCACGAAGUCCACUUUACCGGAGAUGUGGCUCUUUUCCUCAUCGUUGUCGUACAGGUGACUGUGUCUGGGUCAGUGCUGGUCCACAGUGGGAGGAGACCUACUCUUUUCUGGGUGAAAUGUGUCCUGGUGCUUCAUCUCAUCAGUGCUGCGUUUGCCACCGCUGCCCUGGGUCUAAUGUCCAAGCACCUCCCCUACCGCCAGGACUCUUACCACUGUGAACACUGCCGUAAACUGGAGCUACAUGCUGUGCAACAUUGUUUCAGGAAAUGCACCGGGCUGAUCGAGCAAAAGUGUAAACUAUUGAUUGAUGGGAUUCUGGGAACACUGGUUAUAUUCCUGGUGCUUGAGCUGCUAAUCUGCAUCACUGCCAUGCUGUUUGGACUCAGCGUCCUAGCUGCUGGUGGCAGCCAGACUCCCAGUGAGGGACCCGUCUAUCCGCAAACUCGCCCCCCACCUGUCCCAGCUGUGGAGACUGUUCAGGCCGUUCAGUCUGCUCGAGCUGCUGCUGAGCCAACUCAGCAGGUGGCUGUAGUUGUGACAGAACCUGACUCAGAGCAGGUAGAGGACAUCUCCACCCCACCCACUGAGCCCCAGGUGGAGCCAAUAGAAACCGCAGAACCCUGAGCUCAGCGCACAGAGCUCACAGUGGUGUCAUGUCAGUCACAAGAGACGGCUGAGUGUCAGCAGGGAAGCAUAUUCUGUAUGUUAUGUUGGAAAAUAAAUGUGAAUGUUUAACAAGUUUCUGGCAUGUUGUGAUCACAGCAUCAGUGUUAGUGCUGCUGUCCCUACAGUAAACUAUGAUGGAACAGUUUUAUUACGAACGUUGACAUGGUAGCACUUUAUAAUAAUGUCACACUAUUAAGCCUUAUUAAGGUAUUAACAAGUGGUUCAUUCAUCAUUUACACAGCAUUACUGCGCCGUAGUAUGCCAUUUAUACUUCUGUCAAUAUCAAAACUUUACAUGACUUAGUAAAUGAAUGAAGUUGUGAAAUAUAAAGAACAGAAUUGGUCAACAUUAUAAAAGCAGCGGCUUUAGCCCCCUCUGUCACACUGUUCGCCUGCCCCAGCACUCCUGCUUGUAACUCAGGGUUUCUCUCAUCAGCUGCUGGCGUGUAAGCCUCUGACUUACUUGUGCACUGAAAUGUUCUCCAAUGAGAACUCAAAGAGAGAAAUAUCUCCAAAAAUAUAACAGUCUCAUAAUUGUUCAUUGUUUUUGGCAAAUUAGGGAAUAAGAUGAGGUUUUCAUAAAACCCGAGCAGUUGAACUCGUUAAAUGCACAGAACAGAUACGUGUAUCUCCACAGUUAGCUUAGCAGAUCAAAUCUACCUGACACUGCUUUCAUGUGUGGCUUCUUAGUCCUCUGUUCAAAACACUAUAAUAUAGAAUUAACUGUAAAUGAAUGUAUGAAAGUUUUAAUCUCACUGAAAAUAAAAUUACUGCUGCACAGAUAAAUCGCUCUCACCAGUCACUAAAGAUUAGCUUGAAAUGUUGAAUUGUUACUAAUAUUUUUGUUUCGCGGGGUUGUUCUGUCGAGUCUGCAGGUUGUAUAUUAAUGCAAUAUUAACCACAGCUUUGUCUUUUUUUCUAUGUAAUUUUGAGAUCAUUGUAAAUCUUUCUCAGCAUGCACACAUAAGGCCACGAUUCUGCUAAAUAAAGUCAAGCUUUGUUUUA